GAAGAAUUUAUUCCCACACUAAAAUGAUUGCUCGCAGAAAGAGGAGAGGGGUCUCAAAUUCUCAAUUUCCCGCAGACAGAGAGGGUGUUCCCCAACUGUCGGGUCAAAAGUGCAAUGGUUAGUUGUCAGUGGACUCUCCACUCUGGUCGAACAAUUUGCGGGUCAGUCCAGUGCAACUGAGAGAUGGACUUUUCUCCGACUCGUCGGCGCAGCCGUAAACCGCCUCCGCCGAAGCUGGUGGACAUCUACUCUACCGUGGGCAACGAACGUGAGACCAAAAAUGACGCCUCAGAAACGGAUAGCUUAGACCUCUACGCCACGAUGGUCUUCAAGGACGACGUCGUCGUCGUUGAUGAUCCUAAUGACGACGAUUCACUCCCUCCGCUACUCAAACGACUCCCUAAGGACUUCGGCGGCGGCGGUCCAAUUGAGUCCGAUGCCGACUCUGAUUCUGACGAUGAGCCUGUCUCAAUUUCAGGAACAAUGAUAGUCAAGACUAGCCGCAGCUCGAUGUAUUCGAACCCCUCAUCUCCGUUCCGAAAGCCUAGCUCUGGACCAGCGUCGUAUUGGGAAAGGAGUGGGAGAAACAGUGGCCAGAGAGUUGAGGACGAUGGUGAAGAAGAGGAGGGUGGAGAAGUUGAUUUCUCGACGUUUGUGGUGAAAGAGAGGGAUUUUGAUUCGGGGACAGUUGUGACGAGGUCGAUAAAAAGUGGUAGCAAGGGUACCAGUGGAUCGUCGACUAUGAGUAGAGCUGUGGCAAGCAUGCAGGCCGUGGGGGAGAUCGGGCAUGCAAGACAGAUGAAAAGCGGAACUGGGUGGGCGCCUGAGGAGGAUUUAAGGGCUCAAGGGAGCAAGGUCUCUUCCAGCUCGAUUCCAGAGAGUAUUACCAAGGAAGACCCGUCUACCAAGUAUGAAUUGCUCCAUGAGCUUGGGAAAGGAUCAUAUGGUGCAGUGUACAAAGCGCGAGACCUGAGGACAUCAGAAAUGGUUGCAAUUAAAGUGAUAUCAUUGAGUGAAGGGGAGGAAGGAUAUGAAGAAAUUCGUGGCGAAAUAGAAAUGUUGCAGCAGUGCAGUCAUCCAAAUGUUGUUCGAUACCUUGGGAGCUACCAAGGAGAAGAGUACCUUUGGAUUGUGAUGGAGUACUGUGGGGGUGGAAGUGUUGCAGAUUUAAUGAAUGUUACCGAUGAGCCACUUGAUGAAUACCAAAUAGCAUACAUUUGCAGAGAGGCAUUGAAGGGCUUGACCUACUUGCAUUCAAUAUUUAAAGUGCACAGAGACAUUAAAGGCGGCAAUAUUUUGUUGAGUGAUCAAGGAGAGGUUAAAUUAGGCGAUUUUGGUGUUGCUGCACAGCUGACAAGAACAAUGUCCAAACGUAACACGUUUAUCGGCACUCCACAUUGGAUGGCUCCUGAAGUUAUUCAAGAAAGUCGUUAUGAUGGGAAGGUUGAUGUGUGGGCUCUCGGCGUAUCUGCAAUUGAAAUGGCAGAGGGUCUACCUCCAAGAGCAACAGUCCAUCCUAUGAGGGUACUAUUUAUGAUAUCAAUUGAGCCAGCCCCAAUGCUUGAGGAUAAAGAGAAAUGGUCUCUUGUGUUUCAUGACUUUAUUGCAAAGUGCCUUACGAAGGACCCGCGUCUUCGUCCAACUGCAGCAGAGAUGCUUAAGCAUAAAUUUAUUGAGAAAUGCAAAAGUAGAGCAUCUGUUAUGGUCCCCAAGAUUGAAAAGGCCAAGAAAAUUAGGUCGUCAAUGGCUUUGGAAGAACAAAUUAUUGUUCAAGAUCCGCCAUUACCAGGCUCAGAUCUAGCUGGCCUAAAAAUGAAUGAAGAGUUCGGGGAUACUGUCCCCUCUAAGGUAAAUGUUGCCAAUGGUGUGUUACCUGCAUUUGGUUCUCAAAGCUUGGUGGAACCUACUGGAGAAGGAGAGUAUGGGACCAUGAUAGUUCGAGAUGGAGUUGACAUAGAUAAGACUGUUACUCAAACUGCAUUUGCAAAUUCUGAGCCAUCCUCUACUCUCAGGAAUACUAGAAGUGCUUGUACUUCUGGUGACAAAGAAAGUGAACCUUGGGUACAAAAUGAGGUUAAUGUUAGCUCCCCUGUAGUGGCUCCUCAGCCUCCUGGACAUGUACAAACAACCCCUUCCCCUGCAACUUCCCCUAGUUAUGAUCAGAAGGGAUACAUUUCUCAAAGCGGAGUCCCGUUGAAGAAUGAAACUGUCAAUAGAAAAGCUUUGGAUAAGCUUUGGUCAAUAUACUCAGCUGGUAACACAGUACCGAUUCCCUUCCUGAGGGCAACUGAUAUAUCACCCAUCGCACUUUUAUCUGAAAACGUGCUUGGGGGCUGGCAACGAGAUGAUAGUGGGCAUAUAGCUGUUGAUGCAGUUCAGGAGCUCUUAACUGGAGAUGCUCAAUCAAAGAAAGGCCGAAGUAGACAAAAUGAGGUUCCACUUCCUCCGAGUUUAUACAGAAGAUUAACAUCAAGUCCCACACUAAUGAAUCUCACGCAGGCCCUGGCUUAUCACAGGAUGUGUUAUGAAGAGAUGCCUCUCCAAGAAAUGCAAGCUACCCAAGAACAGCAGACCAUUCAGAACCUUAGUGAGACACUAAGAACUAUUUUGCGGUUGUAAUCCUGAGUGUUGUAUGUUCAUUUCUAAUUUAAGAGAAAGUGUGAUGGUGUUGUAUUAUAAAAGCAGACUUUAUUCCACACUCAUGAGUCAUACCUCCUGCUAUAUAUUAUUGUUUACUUUUGCUGCUG